UUGCUUCUGUGAGCUCAGUCAGCCUUUAACACCAUGGGCAAGUCUACCACUGACCGUAGAGAGGACAUUUCUUACACCUCAAUUGACGUUAAACUUGAUAAAAGCAAUUUUCAAAAUUCGAAAGAUGAGUUAACCAAAAACCUCCCCUUGCUCGGGGUCAGACAUGGCCAAGCUUUAAUCGGUUUUCUGCUAAUUUUCGUAUUCUACGGCGCAAGAUCUUCGCUAUCCAGUGCGAUCGUAGCAAUGACGGAUCCUACAGUGAACAGUGAUCCAGCAAUUCCCACGUACCCCGAAUGGCAAGAUAAAAGUGUUGUAUUAUCGGCUUUCUUCUGGGGAUACGUCUUGCCUCAACCACUGACUGGCUGGUUAACGAAUCGUUAUGGCCCAAAAUGGUUCUUGGUGGUCUUCUUAACGAUAAGUUCGGCACUUGGUUCUGCAAUACCUCUAGCUGCCGCUCAAUUCGGUUCCAAAGGAGUGAUGGUAGUCAGAGCAUUUCAAGGAUUUUUUCAGGGGCUAAUAUAUCCUUCGGUUGCCUACACUUUGAGUCACUGGGUGCCCGUAUCGGAGAGAUCCAGAAUGGCGACUUUUAUAUACUCGGGAGCUUAUAUGGGUACCGUAGUCGCAUUGCUGGUGACUGGUGCCUUAUCAACAAGCAAGUACGGUUGGCCUAUCGCAUUCCACUUUUUCAGCUUUCUCGGUAUUGUCUGGUGUAUUUUGAUGGCCGUUUUUGGAUAUGACACUCCAGAGGAACAUCCCAAAAUAUCGAAAGCUGAGAAAUUUUACAUCGAACACAGUUUGGGACAUGCCAAUGGCAAAAAAAAGCUGAAUACUCCAUGGAAGGCGAUUUUCACGUCAGUACCGAUUUCGGCUAUUCUUGCUGCGCAGUGUACGAGCAACUUUGUCUUUUAUUUAUUGAUAACGCAAAUUCCGUUGUACAUGAGCAACAUUUUAAAGUUCGACAUGGAUAAUAAUAGUUUCAUGUCAUCUUUACCAUAUUUGACGUUCGUAUUCCUCAGCUUUUUCUUUAGCACGGCGUCGGACGCUGUUAUAAAUAGGAAUAUUUUUUCGAUCGGUACAUGCAGAAAAAUUUUUACCGCCGUUGGGUUGGUAAUACCUGCAGCAGCGCUCAUUAUUUUAGGCUAUACGGAUCCGAAGCACCAGACAAAAGCAGUCUGUUUACUAGUGAUAGCGGUCGCGUCUAGCUCCGCCAUUUUGUCAGGUUGGGCCGUGAAUCCCAUAGAUCUGGCUCCCAAUCAUGCUGGUACCGUUAAUGGGCUCACGUCCUCUAUCGGAAACUCCUUGGGGUUUGUUGCUCCCUUGGUCUCGCAAGUCAUUGUUACAGACCAGGGGGAUAUUAGUCAAUGGCGAAUUAUAUUCUUAAUUUCGGCAGCUGGUAACGUACUGGGUGCCAUUUAUUUCGCUAUAUUUGGAUCGGGGGAGAUACAACCUUGGAACGACGAAAUAGAAAAAUCCAAUGGAAACAAGACGUCCAAAAUGUAAAGUGUCUCGCUGGCAAUAAAAGAAACCGUACGCAA